AAGAUAAUUUUCUCUUUGCUUCUGGCACUGGCUGUAGAUCAACUCCAGAUUUCUCACCACACUAAACUAACCAAGCCAAUGAAUCUUCAAUUCUGCAAACUGCAAAGCAUAAUUUCCGAAUUCAGUUUCCAGAUCGAAAUUUACCACCAAGCUUAGGAUAGUCAACCACUAAUCGAUUAUUAUACCGAAGUUUGUACUGAAAAUGAUGUCCCCGAAGCCAAUUUCUGAAGAUCGAGGUGGCUCUUCUCAUCACGCCAGUCUUAGGCAAACACCCUUGCAGAUAAUCCAUAUUAUUGGCAAAUUCAUGAGCAUAUGGUCUGUUUACUCAAUGUAUCGCUAUUUGACUCAGACUCGGGCUUCCGUUGUACUUUUUAUCUUCAGCUGUCUCGUUCCUUCUUGCAUCAUAUUUUUAAUAAUGCAAAAGCCUUGGAAGGGCAGGCCACUGUCUAAUACACAGGUAGUGCCUUCAGUAAUAAAUGGUGCCAUUACAGCACUAUACCUCACCAUGUGGGGUAAGGGCCUUAAAUCUUGUGGCCCUGUUCGAGCCAUAUUAGCUGAAUAUUCCGGUGCUGUUCUUGGAGUAUUAUCUGGUGUACUGUAUGGGAGGAAGGGCCAUGUCUGGAAAAAAGUGGGUGGACUCAUUGCAAUGUUGGCAUCUUUCUACUUUUUAUCUCAAGGAUGGGCCAUGGCCACAUAUUCACCAAUUUCAUUUGGUGAUAGCCCUGAUGGUAACGAGGCACGAACGGAACAAGUUAUAGGAAUGAAGGAAAUGCUAAUCCCCAUCAUUGCUGGAAUCUUAUCAGCAUUGAAAAGGGUGAUCGCUAGGCGGGUGUCCCUUAAGAAUCAACUGAAGAGGCGACUCAAUGCCAUAACAAUUGCUUCUGCAACAUGCUUUUUGUUUCCAAUUGCCAUGUGGGACAUGAUUAUAGGAUCAACUAGCAUAGAAUUGCCAUUUUCUGCAUGGGCUUUUACAAGCACCAUCCUUUUUGGCAUCAUAUUGAUAUUCUACAUUGAUAGUAUUGCAGAGGAAAGGUUGCAAAUGGUUUUUUCUUCUCCAAGACAUUUGAUGGUUGCAGGAGGAUGCAUCAUUGUCAUGGAAUUUGUGUAUAAAAUGGAUUUCUCGCUUCCUGGUUUUCUGAUAUGUGCAGCAAUUUUGGGAUUUGGGAUACAUGAAGCAACAUCCUUGGACCUUACUAAGAAAGAUACAUCACGAAGCUCAAGUCUAUCGAAUGGAUUCUUGGAUGAUCCAGUUGAGAUGUCCCCUCUUCCAACUUAAUGAAAACUACACAAAUUAUUAAACUUUUGGCAGGGUAUGCCCAAGCUUCUGGGAUCAUACAGAAUGUGUAAUAUCUUGACGGUCAUAUAACGAUUCUUGAAUGCAGUUACUGCGGUACUGUCAUUUUUAACCGAACUUUACAUUUUUCAACUGUGAAGAGUUGAGGAGAAAAUUAUUGUACAGAGACACGGGAUUCCCUUCACACUAAUUAUGUAGCGUGAUUAUUAAAUUUCUUCAUUUCAUCGUUGUAUACAUACGUACUAAUUAUAUAUACUCCGUUUCAGUGAUGCCUUCA